GGCAGUAUUGGUUGUUCGAAGUUCCAUAGAACCAUCCUUGACGGAAAAUCCGAUGCUGAUUGAACCGAGAGGCGAAAGAACACCCCCAAUCGCCAUCGCUGCUCCUGUGCCCACCGUCCUUUUCUCAACUCCACUCGAGCUGAAGAUAAUUUUCUAUAAAUCCCUUCGAUUUCUCGGACAAGAGGCGGAAUAUUAGAUAUUCUUCUUUAGCAAAUUUUCACUCUCGAACUACGCAUAACUUUUAAUCACAUGGUGCCCAGGUCGGGCCCGACGAGUUCGGGUCAUCGACGUACGAACUCCGCCAUGGCAGCCGCUGAAAACGGGCGCAGUCCCUCCCCGAUCCCGCCCACAUUCCUCCAGAGCCGCUCCGGCAACGUGCGCCCUUCUUCCAAUGCCUGUCGCUCAAAGCACCUCUCCACCCCGAACAAAUCUAUCCCAGUCCUCCACAACCUCCUUCCAUCAGCCCCGACGUCUCCACCUACCCCGGCACCGAGCCCGACACCGCAGCAGCGGGCCCCGAGCUGGCACACCGCGUUGGAUGAUGAGGAGAUCCUGCGUGAUGCGAAAUCGCAUUUCAGCUUGUUGGGAAGGGUGGGUCGGCAGAGAUUCCUAACGGAGCUGCUAAAUCUAUGUGACAACCAGCUGCUUGGUUUCGUCCACCAAGUUGUGAGCCCAAAGCUGAGGAAAGAUCCGUUUGAGAUGCUCCCCAAUGAGCUGUGUCUGAGGAUUCUCGCUUUCAUCGACGACCCGAAGACGCUCGCGAGAGCAUCGCAAGUCUCGAGGCGAUGGCACGACCUGUUAAAUGAUGAUUUAACAUGGAAAAUCCUUUGCGAUAAACAUUCCUAUAGACGGAUGUCGGAGGAUUAUGAGGAAGAACCCGAAACAUAUUCGCCGUCUUCCUCGAUCUACGGAUUUAAUUCUAAUUUUAAUCGAGACUUGCAGCUGUUGCAGAGUCCAUAUGGCUCAGUUCAAGAUCCACUGAGUUGCAGUACUUCGGUUGUAGGAUCGUCCAUCGGUAUCUACGAUAGGCCGCGAUUCCGGAAGCAGCGCACCAAAACCACUUCAUACCGAUCCCACUUCAAGCAACGAUAUAUGGUGGAGGCAGCGUGGAGAAAAGGCGGUCAACUUAAGACGAAAUACAUAUCUCCAGAUCAUGGUGUUGUUACAAGUCUUCAUUUGACACCGAAGUAUAUCGUUGUUGCGCUGGAUAAUGCAAAGAUACAUGUUUUUGACACCCAGGGUGAACAUCAAAAGACGUUGAAUGGCCACGUUAUGGGAGUGUGGGCUAUGGUACCGUGGGAUGAUCUGCUGGUCAGUGGUGGUUGCGAUAGAGAUGUUCGCGUUUGGGAUAUGGCUACCGGGGCGAGCAUACAUAAGCUUCGUGGCCAUACUUCUACAGUCAGGUGCUUGAAGAUGUCUGACCGAAACACCGCUAUAUCUGGCUCUCGAGAUACCACGUUACGGAUAUGGGAUUUGGCAGCUGGGGUAUGUAAAAAUGUUCUAGUUGGUCAUCAAGCCAGUGUGAGAUGUCUAGAAAUUCAUGGAGAUCUCGUGGUGUCUGGUAGCUAUGAUACAACGGCAAAGGUUUGGAGCAUAUCGGAGGGGCGGUGUUUAAGAUCUCUCGCUGGGCAUUUCAGUCAGAUUUACGCCGUAGCCUUUGAUGGGCGACGGGUCGCCACUGGCAGCCUAGAUACGAGCGUGAGGAUCUGGGAUCCUCAUACUGGACAAUGCCAUGCUAUACUGCAAGGCCACACGUCCCUUGUCGGUCAGCUACAGAUGCGUGGGGACACACUGGUUACCGGAGGGUCCGAUGGAUCUAUCCGGGUUUGGUCGUUACAGCGCAUGGCACCUAUCCACCGGCUAGCUGCGCACGAUAACAGCAUCACAAGUCUGCAAUUUGAUGAUAACCGGAUUGUCAGUGGCGGAAGCGACGGUCGCGUGAAGAUCUGGGAUCUCACGACGGGUCAGUUGGUGCGCGAGCUUAGUCAACCUGCCGAAGCGGUUUGGCGGGUUGCAUUUGAAGAAGAAAAGGCCGUUAUCAUGGCAACUCGUGGUGGGCGGACCGUCAUGGAGGUUUGGUCAUUUUCGCCGCCGGAGGACGAAUAUGCCGAGUCGCGCCAUCGCUCUGGCUCAGUAAGUCCCACUUCUACAUUGGGGCUUCACAGCUUUUCUGCGGCCCGUUCCACAGUUACAACUGUCGACGCGACCAGCAAUGCAGGAACCGUGUCUUCUUCGAUGCCCUAUGAUAUUCAUGACCUAGAAAUGCAAGACGUAAGAAAUGAAAGCCGUUGAUGUUGGAGCUGGGUUCCCUUGAUUCUAUUCGGUACUAUCCUUGGUAUGCCCCACGACAACUUAAUGAAUUAGCAGGCGAGCAUGCAGGCCACUUGUAGCGAGUGUUUUCUUGAGUGUCUAUACCCCCCUUUCACUUUUGGGUUUUGGCGAGGUGUCGACGUACGGUUUUGGAUAUGGAAGACACCGAUAGGGAGAACCUCUGCAUCUACUCCGGACAACCGGCCUAUUUGCUAUGUGUGAUGUGAUUUGUGUAUAAUA